UUCGAAGAUACAGUUUCAUUCGUGGGGAAUUUCUUGUGGGGAUUUGCUCAUUUCGCGAUGUGGCGCGCAAGUGUAGUCCGUCGAACGUCGGCGCUGGUGCUGCAUCCGCCGCGCGCGCUCAGCAUGUCGACCAAGGCUCCUCGCAUUCUCUGCACGGACCCCAUCCAUCCUUCCGGGGUCGACUUCCUUCGCAACCGCGGCUACGUCGUCGACACAACGUCGCUGUCGCCGGCGGAGCUGGUGGAUGCCAUCCCCGCGUACGACGGCCUCAUCGUGCGUUCUGGCACUCAAGUGAACCGAGAAGUACUGGACGCUGCCGAGAAACUCCGCGUCAUCGGACGCGCCGGCACGGGUGUCGACAACAUCGACGUGGUGGCGGCGACGAAGAAGGGCAUCCUCGUCAUGAACACCCCGUUCGGCAACAACGUGUCGGCGGCCGAGUUCACGAUGGGUCUGCUCACGUCGUUCAACCAUUCUGUCAUCUCGGGGGUGCACGGGAAGACUGUGGGCAUCGUCGGACUGGGUCGUGUGGGGUCGGAAGUGUCGAAGCGGUGCCAGGCGUUCGGCAUGAACGUGCUGGGGUACGACCCGCUCGUGUCGGAUGCAGCUGCCAAGGCAUGCGACAUCGAACCUGUGACGUUGGAGGACUUGUGUGCCCGCAGCGACUUCAUCACACUACACUGCCCGUUCACGCCCACGACCAAGCACUUGCUCAACGCGGACCGCCUCCAGCGCUGCAAGGACGGCGUGCACAUCGUCAACACGUCGCGCCACCAGCUCAUGGACAAGGAUGCUUUGCUUGAAGCGUUGGAAUCUGGCAAGGUGAGCGGCGUCGCUUUGGACAUGAAACCGUCGUCGCAUCCUCUGUACGCGCACGCCAAGGUCUCUACGACGCCGCACAUCGGCGCCAACACGACAGAGGCCCAGGAGCGCAUCUCGACCAAGCUCGCGAGCCAGCUGCACCAUGCUUUAACAAGGUCCAAGUUCGACAACGUCCUCAACGCGCCGAAUCUGGACCUGCUCAGCCAGUCGGCGCGGCCGCCCUACUAUGUGCUCGCGGAGAAGCUGGGCAGUCUGCACGCGCAGCUUCUGGGUCCGCAGCAGAGAAUCGUCAAGAUCACUAUCGUAGCCCAGGGCAAGGACGACAAGCGCCAGCUGCUGCAGGCCGCGUGUCGUGGUCUGUUGCGGCACUUGGUCGAGUCGGAAGUAAUCUGCGACGACGUUGUAUCGGUCCUCCACGCCCGCGGCAUCAACCUCGUCGAGCACACCCAGGAGGAUGUAGACUCGUCUAGCAGCUACUCGAACCUAGUGCAAGUGACGUGCCAUCUGGACGACGGCACUUCCCGGGCACUCACGGGCACCGUGUUGAUGAAAUCCCAGCUUCGACUGGUGCAGUAUGAUGCGCUCCGAUUGGACGCGCUGCUCAGCGGAUGCAUGGUGUUCUUCAGCAACGACGACCGCCCGGGGGUGCUCGCGGCUGUGACGCAGGUCCUGGCCUCGCAUGCGAUAAACAUCGGCGCCUUCGGGCUCGGCCGCACUAAGGACAAGGAUGCGCUGGGGGUGCUCAAUCUGGACGACGUGCCUUCGGAACCAGCAUUGGCGGCGCUGGCCAAUGUCUCCGAGCUGUCCAAUGUCCGCCUUGUGAACUUGCUCGAUAUGCCGCUCGAACCCCGGUCCUCGUCCUCCCAUUCAAAAGUCGACUCGAACCAGCCGAAAACCAAGCCCCGAUCGGUCAACUUUGGCUCGGGGCCGUGCAAGAAACACCCAGAUUACGCCCUGCAUAAACUGCCAAGCCGCGCUCUGGGCCGCAGCCAUCGGUCCGCGCUGGGCAAGUCCAUCUUGCUGGAAGCCAUCGAGAAAACCAAGCAAUUGCUGGCGCUGCCGCCGGGGUACGUGUGCGGCAUCGUGCCGGCGUCCGACACGGGCGCGUUCGAGAUGGCCAUGUGGAACUUAUUGGGGCCGAAACCCGUCGAUGUGGUGCACUGGGACGCGUUCGGCAAGGGCUGGUUGCAUGACGCCACGUCACAGCUCAACCUGGCCGACGUCCGCGACAUCUCGGCGCCGUACGGAUACCUCCCCGCUCUGUCACAGGUGAACAAGGACCACGACGUGUGCUUUACUUGGAACGGCACCACCAGCGGCGUGCGCGUGCCGAACGCCGACUGGAUCGCAGACGACCGCACCGGACUGGUCCUGAAUGACGCCACGUCAGCCGCGUUCGCCAUGGACAUGCCGUGGGACAAGAUCGACGUGUGCACGUUUAGCUGGCAAAAGGUGCUGGGCGGCGAGGGCGGGCACGGCAUGCUCAUUCUGUCGCCCCGAGCGCUGGACCGGCUCGCGACGUUUCACCCGGAGAACCGCCCCAUGCCCAAGAUCUUCCGCCUCAAGGACAAGCACAAUGAAAUCAUGAUGGACAUCUUCCAAGGCAGCACGAUCAACACCCCGUCCAUGCUGUGCGUCGAAGACUACGUGAACGCCCUCGACUGGGCGGCGGCGCAAGGCGGCGUUCCUGGCCUCGUCCGGAAAUCGGCGGCCAAUUUCAAAGUGCUGGACGAGUUCGUGGCGAAAAAUAACCACUGGGUCGAGUUUCUAGCCAACGACCCGACCACGAGAUCCACCACGUCCGUGUGCUUGGUGCUCAAAGACACGACCAAGAACCAGCUGAAACGCAUGACGCAACUUCUGGAGCAACAUGAUGUGGCCGUGGACAUUGGCAGCUACAAGGACGCGCCGGCGGGACUGCGCAUCUGGUGCGGCGCCACGGUCGAAACGGCCGACUUGGACGCGCUCGUGCCGUGGCUUGAAUGGGCCCACGCCCAAGUGCACGCCGAGUAACUAGUACUAACUAUUAAUAGUACACACAUCGUUUGGCUGGA